GUUUUCACCCCGAACUCGUUUCUUUCCGUGCCAUUUUUCCGUGAACACGACAAAACGGAAGCGACACAUUUUCCUCGUUUGUUUUGAAGAACGUGGAGUUUUUUUCUCACGCAGUUUGUUUGUGCAGGAGCUCAGACAUGAUUAUCCCAAUCCGCUGCUUCACCUGUGGGAAGAUUGUAGGGAACAAGUGGGAGGCUUACCUGGGACUCCUACAGGCAGAAUACACAGAGGGAGAUGCUCUGGAUGCCCUGGGCUUGAAGAGGUACUGCUGUCGCAGGAUGCUGCUGUCUCACGUCGAUCUGAUUGAGAAACUGCUGAACUACGCACCACUGGAAAAAUAAGACUCGUUUCAGAUCUCUCCCUCUCCCCCUGCUUGUGUUCACUCAUUCUUUUUCCCCAUGUUUUAUAAAUAAAGUAGUAAAGACCA